GCCAUUUAAUAAUUAAAAGGUAUGUUUUGCUUGUUUUGGCUGAGCCUAAAGCAUGCACCUGAAAGGCACAAAGUACUACGUCAUUUGUCUGAAUUGAUAGGUGCGGAUACAAAAAGGCACAAGUGAACUACAGACAGCAACGUAAAUAGUGACCUAAGACGAAGAUCCGAGGGUCCGCAAACGCGCCACCACAUGACUGCUGUGUCUCGAGCGCCUCCUAGUUGGCUUGAAAAAUAUUAAUUCUGAUGACGUCACCGGCAGAGUUGUCAUGGCGUCUUUUGGACCGAAUGUACUGCUGCAAUUUAGCUAGAAUCUAUCGACAGUCGAAAUGGAGAAAAAUGCAGACGUGCAUCGAGACCCCGUCGGGGGCGACACCAUCGGGGCGAGCACAGGCGACGCUCCUGUUUCGGGAGGCGGGAAAGGAGCGGCGGAGAAAUGCACAAAUAGUGAGGCUCGUCUCAGUAGUUUGCAGGGUACGGAUCGCUCUAACAACAGCACCGAUGAGGAGCCUAGCACCCUUCAUGUAAACCCCGGCGUGGGCAGGUGUGAUUUAGUGGAGGUCCUGGAAGUGUCGGCUGGACAGGAGGCGAGGAAGCACGCCGACUCGAGCGGCUCGCGGACUGGGGAGCAGCAGAUCACUAACGGGAUGGGAUCGGAUCCAAAUAAGGAGGGUGGUGCCUCAAAGUUAGUAAACAACCAAACAGACGGGCCGUCCUCAGGUGCUGACGAGAAAGAAAUCGAGUCGACCAAACUUGCCAAGCCCACCCAUUUGUGUCCGGGCAGGACAAUCCCAGAAGACCUGAGCGCCCCGCACGCCUUAUCCGAGGGGCUGGCGAGCAGCAGCGACCCGGACCCGGAUGCCAGCCUCGGCGGGUGUGAGUCCCGCAGCCUGGACUCACUGGAGGAGUCUUUCUCCAAGCUCAACUCGUGCCCCAGCUCGGACUUGAACAGCGAGGGCCUGGAGGAGCGAGGGUUGGCCCUGGCCCUUCAGGGCGAAUUCGGCCUGGAUGGCACCAAGGCGAUGUGCGCCAAAGACCGAGCGGCCGGUCAGUCGAUCUACCACAUCAAGUGGAUCAAGUGGAGGGAGGAGAACACGCCGAUCAUCACCCAGAACGAGAACGGGCCCUGUCCGCUGCUGGCCAUAAUGAACGUACUCCUGCUUGCCUGGAAGGUUAAAAUGCCUCCGAUGAUGGAGAUUAUUACAGCCGAGCAACUGAUGGAGUAUCUUGGAGACUACAUCCUGGAAACCAAACCGAAAGAGAUCUCGGAGGCCCAGCGCCUAAAUUAUGAACAGAACAUGAGCGACGCCAUGGCGGUAUUGCACAAACUACAGACAGGCUUGGAUGUGAAUGUGAAAUUCACAGGGGUGCGGGUUUUUGAGUACACUCCAGAAUGCAUUGUGUUCGAUCUGCUGGACAUCCCCCUCUACCACGGCUGGCUGGUGGACCCCCAGAUGUGUGACAUUGUCAAGGCAGUGGGUAACUGCAGCUACAACCAGCUGGUGGAGAAGAUAAUAUCCUGUAAACAGUCAGACAACAGUGAGCUGGCAGGCGAAGGCAUUGUGGCAGAGCAGUUCCUGAGCAGCACGGCCACUCAGCUGACGUACCACGGCCUGUGUGAGCUCACAUCCACCGUGCAGGAAGGAGAACUCUGCGUCUUUUUCAGGAAUAACCACUUCAGCACCAUGAUUAAAUACAAGGGUCAGUUAUACCUACUGGUGACCGAUCAAGGCUUCCUGACAGAAGAAAAGGUCGUGUGGGAGAGUCUUCACAACGUGGACGGAGAUGGAAAUUUCUGUGAUUCCGAAUUCCGGUUGAGGCCCCCGUCGGACCCAGAGACCGUGUACCGAGGACAGCAGGAUCAGAUAGACCAGGACUACUUGAUGGCGCUGUCGCUGCAGCAGGAGCAGCAGAGUCAGGACCUCCAGUGGGAGCAGCUCCCUGGCAUCAGCGACCUGGAGCUGGCUAAAAAGCUGCAGGAGGAGGAGGACCGCCGAGCAUCACAGUACUACCAGGAACAGGAGCAAGAACAGGCGGCGGCAGCGCAGGCUGCACAAGUGCAGGCUCAGCAAGAGGCUGCAGAGGGAGACGAGGCGGACCGAGGGGCAGCGGGAGGUGGUGGCGCCGGGACAGCGCCGGCGGCAGCAACCGCCGGCCAGGCCACGGCCAGCCCGGGAAAACAGUCAUCUAGUGGAGAGCGCAAGUCCAAGAAGGAAGCCAAGGAUAAAGACAAAUGUGUCAUUUUGUAACGUCAAGCGAGCGUAUGGCAAGCCGUUUGAGCAUUUAGUCCAUGUGCUUGUCAUCCAGCUCAAGGUGCUUGCACUGGUAUACUCGCCGUCCUCACGAGUGACACACUCCAGCGCACAAUGAUUGUCUUACUAUUAUUAAUUUAUUCAUUUUACACUAUUAGUGACACUUUCGUCCAUCCGUCCAUCCAUCAUCCGAACUCCUUUAUCCUCACGGGGGUCGCGGGGCGUGCUGGCGCCUAUCCCAGCCGUCUUUAGACAGUAGGUGGCGUACACCCUGAACUGGCUGCCAGCCAAUCGCAGGACACACAGAGACAAACAAUCAUCCAGACUCACAAUUGAGAGCAAACUAUUAACCUACGGUGCAUGUUUUUGGAAUGUGGGAGGAAACCGUAGCAGCUGGAGUAAACCCUCGCAGGCCCGGGGAGAACAUGCAAACUCCACACAGGAUGGCCGGGGCCUGGAAUCAAACCCAUGACCUCAGCAUUGCGAGACGGACGUACCAACCAUUCGAUCACCAUGCUCUUUCGGCCAAUAUAGUACGCAAUAAAGAUUUACCGUACUCGUAAACUACCGUGCAGCUCAAGUGACAAUACUUGGCCCAACUAGUAGGCAUGUGUUACACACUCGUCACCUUUUGGACAAUACAGAGUUUGUUGAGUUAGCUGUUUUAACUCAUUUUUGGGUGUGGGAUCCAAAAUUGUUCUCAGAUAGUUUUUUGUCAAGUUUUUGCGCUCUAGGAUUCGCGUUUUCUUUGACGGUGAAGUCAACCCCCACAUUUCCUUGAUGAUUUUCAUGUGCCUCCACUCGUCUAAACAUAUUGAUGCUACUGCCCUGAGUCCAGUCGUAAUGAGCUCUCCUUACUACAGUCAGUGGAAUUUUGCUUAUCUGGAAGGUAAAAGCCGUGGAGAAAACCCUUUUCAUACUGUCACUCCUGGAACUAGUCAAUUAGUUGACUUAGUUGACGGCUUUAUAGGAAGCAUUUAUUCAAAAUGAUGAUAUCCUGAUUAGGAUAAAUGUACUAGUGCGCUAUUUGUCUUGAGUAGAAAGACAAUUUACAGCAUUGGUACAUCGAUUAGGGCGCACUACUAGAAUGGCUGUUUCCAUUUUUUCCAUUGCGAGCAUCACUUUUGGCCUACUUGUACAUCUUAAGAAUGCAUACCAAAUUAAUAAUCAUAUAGUUUUGAUUGUCUUUAUAUUUUUUAAGGUCCUUGGACAACUAUAUGUUACUUGUGAGGCAAAACUAGUGAAACACUAGUCAAAUUAGCUCAUGUCAUUUGCAUCAGUAGUAGCCCACAAUUGUCAAUCGGCUUGUCAUGAAGCCAUUUGAGCGCGCCGAAUAGCCUCACUGGUGAGGGCAAAAAGCGGACCAGCACAUGGACUUUGGAUAUGACUAAAUGCUCAGUGGGUUUGCCAUACGUGCCUGCGUGCGUGUGUGAUUGUGUGCUUGCUUUUGGCCUCCAGCGAGGGGAGGAGACGUUCACGAGAGGAUUUGCUUCCCAAGCCACUGGUGCCUGCCAGCCUCCAUCCUCAGCGGACCACAACACGACCCCCCCCCCCUUCACACCCCACACACACACGGGAUUUUUUGACCGAGUCAGCCACACUUUGUUACAAGUUGCACACGGCACUAUAUUGGUCACACUGGCUAUCUUUUCUAGCGAAAAGACAUAAUCUCCAGAAACUAAACGUGACACCCGCUCUCCUUAACACGACCCUUUCAACUUAUUUUGGGGUGGGGGGGAGGAGUUGUCUCCGGGCAAAGUUCAUCUGCUUUCUGUAAGUGAGCUGUUGAUGCCAACAUUUCUUUAUGUUGCCAGUUUGAUUUUACACUAAAAUUUCUGGAAAGCCGUUCAUUCCAUGUUGUCAAUAUCCAUCUUACUGUAAGGUCCAUGAACUAGGGCUGAACCAUUUGUAAAAUAUCCAAUUGAGAUUUUUUUUUUUCCAGCUUGAUAUUGCGAUUGCAAUUUAACAUGCAAUCUUUUUUUUGUUCAAGGUUCCUUCACAUGUAUUUUUUUAACACAAGCAAUAAAUUAAUCUGUAUUACAAUAAAAACCUAAAUUUAUUAUACCUAAAUGUUUUGGUCUUAGAGGUUGGGCUUCCCUUAAAAUAAAGCCAAAUGAAGCAUGAAUUCAUACGAAUGACAGUUCACUUCAAUUAGAGUUAUCUUACUCAACAGUUUUAAGCUGCAGUCUUUUAAGCGUUCAUAAUGACACAAACACGAGCCAGUAAAUCACAUGAGGUUGCAACAAUGAUGCAAACAAAUAUGUGGCUUUAUCACUUCAACUUUUCUAAACUUGUCGACUGCACUUCUUAAGUAGUGAACCUAUCUGGACAUGCGAUGCGUAAAUACCGGUACAUACAUAAAAUAUACAAAGAUAUAAAAACUGACCGACUACCCGAAUGGAAGCAAAGGUAUUUGUUUUGAAUCCCCAAAUUGUAACCUUUGCGAUUUGAAAAUUACAUUCUACUGCACUGCAAUGUCGAUUUGAAUUUGAUUAAUUGUUCAGCCCUACCAUGUACUAGUUCACACUGUUCUCACUAGUCAGCUAAUUCAGUGUGCCAAUAAAACAACUGUCUUACUAGGAACCUUUUUUUUCCACUACUAGUGACUUUUGGCCUACUAGUAUAUGCUAUUGUGCUCUUACAGCUACUGGGUUGCACUAAUAGCACUACGAGGCCUAACUAGGAGACAUGUGCCAUGCACCAGUAGCCUCUUGGACCCUACUAGUAGCACUAAAAUGUCCACUAGUAAUUUUGCCUCACGAGUAACACGUAAACAUCCUACUAGUGUGCAGAAAUGUCAUACUGCAGUGGGGGGGGUGGGGGGGGGGUGACGGUUCUCGACUACUAGUGCACCAUAGUCAUUCUACUAGUGCGCCACUUGUCUUAGAUUGUUUUUGAUAUCUAUUUUAUUUGCCAUACGAGUGUUUAUGGUGAGGCAAAACUAUGUACUAGUCAAGUACUAGAUGUUACCACAUAGAAUUGCACAAUGUCAAGGAUUGAGCAUUUAUUUGAGAUCCAUGACAUCCAGCUUCAGGUCUACGUACUUGUGUUUUUUCAGACAGUUCAGCACAGUAGUAGAACCACAAUCUUACUAUUAACAUAUUUUCCACGAUUGCCUCCGACCACUGCAUGGCAUUUCUGCACACUGGUGGCGCAACUCUGUUACAACUGUGCGCUACUAGUGACAUACUGGCCAACAUCUAGUGUUUCACUAGGAGUCGUAAUUGCACACAGUAUAUAAUAGUAACAUGUAGUUGUCCCUCUAGUGCAGGGGUGUCAAGCUCAUUUUUGUCACGGGCCACAUUGUAGUUAUGGUUUCCCUUGGAGGGCCGCUAUUAAUUUUGGGAAACCAUAUAAAUGUUUAAUCACCCCCACAUUUACAUACACAGCACACAACAAAUUGAUGGAUAACUAGUUUUAAAAUCAGAAGUCAAGAAUAAUGACAGUUCAUGCGGAUUACAUAUGACAAUUUGAAAUUUUGGUUCAGACUUUAGCAAGCAUCAUGGAACUUGACAUGCUUGAUUUGCUUUUGCGGGCCACAUAAAAUAAUAUGGCGGACCAGAUAUGGCCCCCGGGCCUUGACUUUGAUACUCGUGGUCUAGUGUGACAUUCUGUACGCAUGGGUAGAAAUGUCACGCAGUAGUGGAAGUGUUCUACGACGACUGCGCUGGAUUGUCUUACUUGUGAGGACAAUGUGUACAAGUAUAUGGACCUUUACGAUAUGUAUCAAGGAUUUUUUUUUUAAAUGCUCAAUCGCUUUUCCAAGGGAUUAUUUGUACCAAGGACUAUCGGGCCACACAGAAAACGAUUAAAGAAAAAAGAUGCCAAUUUGCAUGAAUGAAGUUAUAAUAUUACGAGAAUAACGUGAAUAUUUUACCAGAAGUAAAAUUACAGAAUGAAGUUGCAACUCUACAUGGAAAAAAAGGGAGAAAUCUGUUGCCAUGCAACUCUGCCGCAAUUGUCUUUUAAACAAUUCUCAUAGUUCGACUUUAUUCUUGGAACAAGAUUUUUUUUUUUUUUUUUUAAGGUGGCGGGGGCGUUUUUGGGUCAACUUUUUGGAUUUUUUUUAGGACUUUGCCAUAAGAUAAAAUGUUUGUAACAUUAAGAUUUGAUGGUGUAAUAUAACAGGAAAAAACUUGUAACAUUUUGUUCUUCUGACGUUACAAUUUUGUUCGAGUCAUUUUCUGGUAACAUGACCGCUUUUUGUUUCAUGACUAUUAUUGUGAACAUUGGCUUUUUUUUUGUUGCAUUACUUUGAGUUACUUUCAUUCCCAUAACACUAAGUCUUUAUUCAUUAUUCUGCUAUUUUUGUUUUUCUUGCCACAUAUCAGACUUUUUUCUCAUUAGUACGAUUUUAUUCUUGUAACAACAUGACAACUUCAGUCUUGUAUUUUUACAACUUCAUUUUUGAAACGAUUCAGUUAUUCUCGUAAUUUUGCAAUCUUUUUUUUUCUUGUAACAUGAUGACGUUAUUUUUGCGACAAAUUUUUUUAAAUGUCUCGUGAUGUACAACUUCAGGCUUGUAGCGCUCCAACUUUAUUCCUAUAUUUUCACGACCUUCGGCAUGUAAAAUGACUUUUUUCCUUACAUUACAACGCCGUCCUUGUACUAUCCCGCCCUAGUUUUGUAAUGUCACUCGUAAGACUUUAUGCUCGUACUGUUCCAAAUUCUUGUGAAAUUAUGAGUAUAUCCUGUUGAAAUGAUGACUAUAAUCUUGUAAAAUCACAUCUUUAUUUUCAUAAUCUUACUUACUUUAAUUUUCCUUUUUUUUCAGUGUGGCCCAAAUCCUCUUUUUGAAUUCACCUUUUUGUUUGUUUUGCAAAUACAGAAUCGUGUUUUAGAGUGCCCACUGAAGAGGUUCUGAUGCUGUAGCGCUGUAAACAUCAUUCCUCACAGUUCGGCUUUACAGGUGUUUGCGUGUGUGUUCAGCCAGUUUGGAGAAUGACCAAAUGUUUGACACAACAAUACUUCCGGACUUUUACCGUCGCAGAUUUUCUUUUCAAAAAAUGUAUGCGGCACAAGCAGAGGAGUUGCUGGUGACUGAAUGCAUAAACUAUUGACCCAUUGUUAUGUCAAGAAGUAGAAGAACCCUGGUAGUGUCAAGCUGGGGCUAAUCACAUCAGACCUUUCGACAUGAAUGACUAGUGCGAUCUUUACUAGUGGCACGCAGGCAACUAGUGCACAUAUUUGCCUCACAAGUAAAAUGUAUGUCAAAGCUGUGACUAGUACGUGGACCUCAAGUCGGGUCUGAAAAAUAUUGAAUAAAUACUCCUUCCAUGACAUUGUAAAAUUGUUCUCGUGAACAUCCUACAAGAGAGUCCCACAGAUGCCAACUAGUGCACAGCUUUGCCUUACCCGCAUCGUGUAGUUGUCCUAUGACUACUAGUCUGCCAAAGUUGUCCUACCAGUGUGCAAAAAUGUCACACGGUGAUGGAAAUUAAGUUACUAAUUUGACACUAGUGAGCUGGAUCGUCUGACUAGUGGAUGGAUCCUAAGCUGUUUGACAUCUAAAUGUCCAUCGGUAGGUCAAUGUACUAGUAUACUCGUUGUCCUCACAAUUGAGGACAUAGACAAUUGAGCUCACUAGCAGAAUGACUAUGGAGCACCAGUAGAACUCGUCUGUAACGAGUCAUGCUUUUUUGUUUUAAUUAGAAUUAUAUUUCUUGGUAAUUGAUCAUUUUGGCCAUGCUGUUAGCACUAGUGAAGCAAAACGAACGGCCAUUUUGGUGCUACUAGUGCAUGACUCAUGCAUUUAAGUUGGACAUGGCACCACUGCACAGUUUUAUUAGGUUUUAAUGAAAACUCAGCAACCAAAAGAGGCACUCGAAGUGAAAAAAAAGUUUACUCGCAAGACACUGUCUAUCUGUGCGUUUAGCUGGAUAAACAACGCACUAGCACAUGGAUCUUAAGCCAGAUAUAAAUGGACGAAACACAAACGGCUAUCCGUACUGAUGCGCUUCACCUACAAAACAGUGUACAUAAUUCUGAAAUGCAUAUGCUUAGAGGACGCUCCUGAGACCUUUUUCUAUCGAAUCAUUCCAGUCGGAUGCCUUGACUCAAGAGGAGGGAGGAGUAGAUAAGCUUUUUUUUCCUUUUUCCCUAAAUGUACAAGGCGCCUUAUGGCCUUUUCUCAGACAAAUCCAGGCGUCCGAGCAGUGUGAGACAAUCCGCCAAUAUGCCAACUACUCAGGCCUUUUUGUGACGGGACAUACUAUUCUAGCUCUUUUUCAAGCUUUGUAUGGGCACACUUCCUCGGGCCUGCAGUAACAUGGUGAACACUGCAGAUGUGCGCUCGCGUACAUACGAUGAAGGAUGUUUGAUUUGUAGACCCAACUAAAGCUGCGUUUGCAUGCAGACUACCAAAAAAGUACAGUGAACCCCCAAUUGAAGAGCUUCAUGUCGGGUUUUGCCACCUUUUUGGUGCCAGGUAACCAAGCUGAAGUGGGUUGAAGAGCUUUACGCAGUGCUUUGGUGCCAAGAAAUGUUGAAGUUGAGCUUAAUUUAGACAAAAAGUAGUGCUUUGCCAUUAUGUUGUGACAACUUGGUAUCAAUGAACUAUGUUGAAGUGAAUAGAGGAGCCUCAUGUAGUGCUUUGCCGGCAUCUUGUUGUCAAGGAACUAUGUUGAAGUGAGUUGAGGGACUUCAUUUCGUGCUUUUGAACUAUCUGGGAGCAUCUUGGUGCCAAGGGACUUUGUUGAUGUGAAUUGAGGAGCUUCAUGUUGUGUUUUGCUACCACUUUGCAACAUCUUUUGGAAUUGUAAACCAUUGUACAUAAGUGGGGGUUCACUGUAAAUUAAUACGAGCCUGUCCGACAGGGUUCAGCAGCAUUUCUAGUGAAUAUAAAAAGUCAUCUUACCAACAUAUACAUCUAAAAAAAAUAUGAUAAAAUACAUGUGCAGUUCAGAUGGAAUAACAAAACAGUGUAAAAAAAGAGUGCAGGCUUCUUUUAUCCAUCGACUAACAGCCAAUUUGAGGCAGUUGGCUUGAGAUAAUGCUGGUGGCACAUUUUGAUAAUGAAGUGACACUGGUUGGAGUUGCUUUGGAUGAGUGAGCAUAACCUUUUUUUUUAAUAAAUAUUUUGUUGCCAUCCCAAUUAUUAUCCUGAGAAUUUAAUUAUGAAGAUAGGUUGAUGGGAAGGACAUAUGUGUCAAUGUGUUUUUUUUCUGUUUGCCUUGUACACACAAAAAAAAGUGUCACAUCCUGUAAAAUGUGUAUUUCGACACAUUGGACACUAAUAACAGUAGUGGUUGUCAUUUGGUUUUUGAUAUGCACUAACAGCAAAGCAACAUACCUCAUUUUGUAUGGAUCAUAAGUGUGCGAUGGGCACUGUCGCCCUUUCGGGUACCUUUUAGAAAAAGAAGAACAAAAAAAAAUGACAAAUGGCCAAAAGAGUUAUCAAAACUCGGUAGCAAUCUUAAGCCAGCUGAACUCUUAUAAUUUAUUAACCUAGAAAAAGGGCUGUUUUGAUGUUGUGGCUGUUGACUAUUGCAAAUUGCUAUGUUCAGGUUAGUUUAAACACUUUGUGGGGAGCUGCAGCUUUGUGUUACAGAAAGACUUCUCAUUUCCAUUAUUUGCAUUUCCUGUCGGACACCUUGAUUUUUUUUUUUCAGCCAAUGCGCUAAUCAACAAAGGACUCAUUUGUGCUAAUUUGAUCUAUUUACAUAAAUGACCAAAUAAUGUAUGUAGCCUUUCACAUCGCAGUCACAAUAUGUAUAUGGUGAUAAAUAUAUAUUUAACUAAAUGCCUUAUUAGACGAGGGACAUUCAGCCUGAUUAGAAUUGCCAAUAAAAGAGCAAUCAUCCUUCAAA